AUGUUGGCAGUGCUCUCUGCUUGCUCAAACAGGGAGCCGGUAGAUGCUGGGAUGGGCUUGCUGAAGCAAAUGGAAUAUGGGAAGAUUAAGGUAGUACCAACUGUUGAACACUACAGGUGUGUGGUUGAUAUGCUUGGUAGAGUUGGUUUGGUGGAUGAGGAGCGUGCCUUGGUGGAGCACAGAAUGCUGACGGAGGCAAAUGUGGUGAUAUGGGGAACAUUGCUUGGUGCAUGUGAGAAGCGCUGCAAUGUGAAUGUUGGCAAGUGGGCGGCGGAGCAACUACUAGCGGCUGUGCCAUGGAAUGACGGGGUUUAG